CUUCCAGCGCUUCUCCACGUCCACCUGCACCUGCUCCAGACCACGGGCGCACGGACAGCUCUCCCCGCGUAUCCCCUCUCCGAGCCGGGCUUCUCCUCCCUCCUCUCCCCGCUCCUGGCAUGCGCUGGUGCCGCAGGGUGUGUUUACAGCAGGCGCGCUCCUCCUUGGCUCCCGGGCCGGACCACACCGCCAGCAUAUGGAAGCCGAGCGAAUGUGAUUUGCGCGUGUAGCCUCCACACCUCUGCUCCUCUCCUGGCUCCUCUCCCCCUCUCGUCCCCACCAUGAGCUCCUCCCCGCUGGGCUCCCGGGACCGUGUGGAGCGCAUGGAUAUCCUGGAGGAGCUGCAGCUGAUGGCGGCGCAGAACCUGGAGCGCCUGGAGGUGAACAAGUACUACGAGGUGAUCGGAGAGCUGGGCAAGGGCACGUACGGGCGCGUCGAUCUGGUCAUCCACAAGAUCAGAGGCACAAAGAUGGCUCUGAAGUUCCUGAAGAAGAAGAGCACAAAGCUGCGCUCGUUCCUGCGCGAGUACAGUAUCUCUCUGUACCUGUCGCCCUGCCCCUUCAUCAUCAACAUGUUCGGCAUCGCCUUCCAGACCGACGACGCCUACGUGUUCGCCCAGGAGUACGCCCUGGCAGGGGACCUCUUCGACAUCAUACCCCCACAGAUCGGUCUGCCUGAAGCAGUGGCUAAGCGCUGUGUGCACCAGGUUACCAUGGCACUGGACUAUCUGCACUGUAAGAAACUGGUGCACAGGGACAUCAAGCCUGAGAACAUCCUCAUUUUCGACCGCGAGUGCAGGAAGGUCAAACUGUCCGACUUUGGGAUGACGAGGCGCGCCGGCUCUCCGGUCAAACGGGUGAGCGGCACGAUCCCAUACACAGCUCCAGAGCUGUGCGAUGCCUCCCGUCACGAGGGCUUCUGUGUGGACUACAGCACAGACGUGUGGGCGUUUGGAGUGCUGCUCUUCUGCAUGCUCACGGGGAACUUCCCCUGGGAGAAGGCGCUGCCCGGGGACACGUUCUACCAGGAGUUUGUGCGCUGGCAGAGGAGGAGGAGCGCUGUCGUGCCCUCUCAGUGGAGGAGGUUCACGGAGCAGGCCCUCAGAAUGUUCCGGCGCCUCCUGUCUGUGGAGCAAGAGCGUCGCUGCUCUGUCAAAGAGGUCUUUGUCUACUUCAGCCACACCUGGAUGUUAGAUACAGAAAACAACAACAACGGGAACGCCAACGGGAACGCCAACAGCAACGCCGUCAACAACGGAACCAACCAGAACCAUGUGUCCUCUUCAUCUUCAGCCGAGGAGGACGAGGAGCUGCUGGUGGAGAGGAUGAAGCAGCAGACUCUGUCUCCCAUGUCCCCCAUGUCUCCCAUGUCUCCUAUGUCUCCUAUGUCCCCUGUGGCGGUGGACAGAAGUGCAGGGAGUGGGGGAGGUAAAGGAGCCAUGAUGGAUCCACCUGCGGGCGGCCAUUUUGUGUCAGUGUCCACAAACAGCUCAGUGUCCUCCACCACCAGCUACGAGAGGGUGCCCAGAGAGGGCGGGUCUCCGGGGGGACGCAUGCUCGUAGCCACGCCCAUCGAGAUCUGCGUCUGAGUGCGUGCAGCGGGAAGGGGUGGAGCUUCAAGUCUGUUUCAUUGAACUUUAACUGUGCUGAGUGAGAAGGACGUGAGAGACUCUGACUUUACAUGUGGAACUGCACAAACCUGGAGUCUUUUCUCUGAGCAUCCUGAACAUUGUCAUCUGUGGAUUUUAGCUCUGGAAAAGUUCCACCACAAAAGAAUACCUCUGCUCUGUGUCCAAACAAAGAAGCUCAGACUAAAGACAUGUCCACGUGUCUGUCCUCUGUCAUAUGUCCCACCGCCUGAGGCAGAGGAACAUCCAAAUAUCACCCAGAGCCUGCGGAAUCCAAACUGAUGCUUCCAGUACAGUUCAACCGUGAAAAGAAGACCAAAUGUUCCCUUUUUUUUCUUAAAGCAAUACUUCCAGCAAAAAAAGAACGGUGAACUGAAGACUUUUGAGUUGAUGCCACGGGACAAAGACAAGAUUCAGAUCCUCAUUUUCAACAGUGCAAUUUCAAGUUGAUCCAAAUAGUUUAUGGGACUCUUUCUUCACUGUGUCUUUUCUGUUGUGUCUUUUCACUUCUAACUUUUUUCCAAAUUUGAUUAACAUUCAUGUUUUGUAUUGUCAAUAUUUUUGCAAUUUUUAUUUUUCAUUCGACAGACAUAUUUUCCAACAGAUUCAGUUGAGCCAUCUUCAUCUUCGUUUGAAAAUCCAUUUACAAAAAAGUAAAAACACAAGUUAUUUUUUUUUAUUAUUAUUUUUUUAAUUGCAUGAAAUUACAUUUAAAUUGAGACGUGAAAAUCUUUCAAAUUUGGCAGAAUGUGUUAGCAGUAGUGAUGUGUCGUUGUUAGCAUAGCACAGCCCUCCUGCGUCAGUGAAUUUUGCUUCUUGAACCAGAAAACUCUUGCCCAGCUGCAACGUGAAGAUCAACCAUAUAUUUACAGAACACAGCGGUAAAAGUGUACAGCCAGUGGGUACAUGACUGUGUAAAAGCAUUUCAGCUGUAUCAGGUUUUUAGAGAAGAACAAUGUUCAGGAUAUUGUCAGGUUUACAAAAUAAGAUCAUGUUGUUUAAAAUUAUGUCUUCAGAUGAUUACAAAAUACCCAAUGAUUACAUUAUAGUCAUGUAAAGGACUUGAACCUGAUGCAGCUCAUAUGUACUGACACAUAACACCAAGGAAAACCUGGCUGUCUCCAAGCUGAAGUCCCCUCCAUUGUAAUGUAUUUGUGAUGUCACCAUUUGAGUGCAGAGAGCCGAGCAUGAAGCAUCAUCUGACGUCAUUUUAGAGAGAGUCACUGCCACUUGAAGUAGUGUGGCAUGUUUCUUUGACACCAGAGCUGUUGUCCAAAUUAAAGAAAAAUACUAAAUCAAUGAAAAUGACAGUAGGCCUGUAGGCUGUGUUCACGUCACCAUCCAUCAGUUACACGAGUAUUUCCUGCUAAUAUUUACUUUGACCUUGUGCUUUCACCCGUGCGUCUCCACAGAGACAAAUCAGUUUAUUGCCACAUGAGGAACAUUGUGCUUCACUGGAAAUAUCCCACAUAUGAUUUGGAGGAAACAAGCACAUGUACAGCCCAGCAACAGAAACAAAUAUAUAUACUGUACCUUUAAAGAGGCAGUAUUGUGCAGAAUGUACUUUUGGAACUUUCUAUCAUGUUAUAAUUUUGUUCCCCCAUCAAAAACAUGCCCGAGGAGGAUUUAUAUGUCAUCCAUGUAUGUUUGAGUCAACUUGCAGUAUUAGCUGUAAGACUCAGUCCAGUGUCUCUGCACGCCUCUUUUGGAGCGAUGUUGUUGAAAUGACAAGUAUGAGGACACAAUUCCUCACUAAAAUGAAGCUAAACGCUCCUGGAUUGUGUUAGAGUAAUUCUUCCACAGACAAACACAGUCCUUGCCCUCCAUUUGAAACCCUGACGUGAACCCAGCCUGUGGCAUUAUUGCUUUGUCCCAUCUGCAUGAUCUGUAUGUGUGCAGCUCUUGUGUAUUGUCCCUCCCAGGCCUCUGUAGCUGCUCCUCCCUGGGGUGUUCACGUGCCCGGUCCAGUGGUGGGUUGUGGGUGGGUGGGACAGAAGGAGAGGGGCUGGUGGUACCAUGCUCUGAGCUCAUGUCCCCUUUGUUCCUGAACAAUGGGACAAAAGCACUGUGGACACUCACAUGUCCACACGGAGGACACCACGUCAGCCCUGAUGUCCUCUGUCUCAUCAGCCAGUCUGUGCCAAUGUAAGACUUGUCCCAAACCACCACUGGAGGUGUGACAGUGGAGCCUAAACAUACCAUGUGCUAAAGACGAGCUGGACCUUUGGGUGGCCCUGGUGCGCGGCCCCGGGCCCUGGUGCACGGGCCUGGUGCACUGUAGUGAGUAGAGCUCCAGUCUCCAUACAGUCUUC